AUGGAUGUGCGGUCGAAGAAUCGUCGGGUCAGCAUGCUCAGCGCGACGCGGAAGAACUUCGCCGAGGUGGAGCGCAUCGUACGGUCGCUGACAGCGGAUAGGUUAGCGGCCGCCAGGGCGGAGCUGGAGACGUCGGGCAAGACUACCGACGAUGGCGUCAAGGAGCUUCUAAGAUGCCUUUCGCUGUACGGCUAUCGGCAGCCCAUGUCGAGGGAGCUCCGUCUGAGCAUGCGGCGCAAGAUCCAGUCACUCAUCUUAUGUCGUGGCGUGCCUGCAAUCUGGUUCACGCUCAACCCGAACGACAUCACGAACCCGGUGAAGCUGAGACUGGCGGCAUACCGCACACGUGAUCCCGCAGCGGCCGAGGCAUUCCUGCAAGGCCUCGACAAGGCGUUCAAACGUGCGCGGCUGGCCAUCUCGGACCCGUUAAGCUCGGCCGAAUUCUUCCACCGAGAAAUGACGUUGUUCUUCGAACAUUACGUGAGAGUGGGCGAGGAGUCGGUGUUCGGGCGCAUCAGCCACUAUUACGGUGCCGUCGAGACCAACGAGCGUGGAGCGCUCCAUGUUCACGGACUGCUCUGGCUGCAGGGCAACGUGCAUCUAAGCUCGAUGCUUGCCGAUAUCGACGGCGAGGAUCAAGCGGCAUACCGAGAACGCAUCGUCAGAUACGUCGACAGUGUCUUUUCCGAGGAUCUGGACCAGGAAGGCUUCUGCGCAAUGCAGGCCGAGCGAUCGGUGACGUCAGAUAUAUCGCAAUUUCUGGGCGACGAACGGCAAUUUUCAGCCUCGUUCGACGAGGAAGCGAACUUCUGUGCCGGCGCGACGCAGAUCCAUACCCACAGCCCGACCUGCGUCAAGUACUCGCUGGGCAAAGGGGGGCGCAAGGGCGAUUUAUGUCGUUUCAAGGCGCCGUGGGGACUGGUCGACGAGACGGCCUUCACGGGAGACGGCGUGCUGCGGAUUCGGAGGUCGCACAGCAUGGUGAAUCGGUGGAACAAGGCCAUUGCCGUGGGGCUUCGCCACAACCAUGACAUAUCUUUCAUCGCCACACAGCGUAAGACGAUGGCCCUCAUCUUUUACGUCACAAACUAUGCGACCAAGGUGGAGGACCCUGUAUGGAAGCGCGUCGCCGCCGCCGCGGAUCUCUUGCCUCCCAGGGCAGGUGACGGAAUGGCCGACGGCGCGGAGGUUCGUGGAGACAGUGGUGCCGGUGACGAUGGCAGGCAGAAUAAGACACGGCAGUUCCUGAUGAAGGUGGCGAAUCGCGUGUUUACGGAGAGCCGUUAUCGCAGGUCGAGGCCAGAGGAUUUGCCGUGUCGAGGCAUACCGUCAUCGGGAGACGUCCUUCGAGGGCUGUGUCUCUACGACUACGUUUCGCUGGUCAGGCUGAAGCGCAACGAAAGGGACGAGGGGCCCGCCGGCUGGGGGGAGGUCCCGUUCGAGAGCGGCUGGGCUCCGGGAGGCCGUUGGGCGCAGGUGCUCAGGCGACCGGGCAAGCAGGCCACGGUCUGCCUCGACGGGUAUUUGAGCAAGGAUUUCGACGAAGACGACGAAGGGUCGUGCUACCGAAGAGCGGCUGUGCAGCAUCUUGCGCUAAGCUCGAUCGGGCCGAACCAAAUCACGGCCGGCUCGCCGGAGCUCACGGCGAUGAUGCAGGAGCUCAGCCGAUUUCAGCAAUCGGCGCUGUCCUCUUCUUCCGAGGUCCAGGCCACAAUACUACCCGAACGGGGCCCAAGACGAAUCAACAUCCCGGGCGGGCAUUCUCCGAGCCACCAUACCGCCGCAAAGUGA